AAUGAGUCAACCAGCGCAAUUGGUAUUUCUUUCGGAUUAUAACGUGGGAACAUCAACAUUUGUGCAAAGAAUUAUCAAUGGAAAAGUAACGGAGAAUAGCGUAGGAAGGGCUAAAGUUGUUAGGCAUACGUUUAAUACUCAUUUUCAAGCUUUAGAUAGAGUCGUUACAGUGCAAGUUUACGAUGUUGAAGGUAAUGUUUACGUUGCUUAUGGUGGAGAUUUAAAUGCUGCGCUUGUAUCUUGUCAUAGAGCUCACGCAAUAGCCGUUCUAUAUGAUGUCACUAAUCGGAGUUCGUUUGAAUAUGCUCAAUAUUGCUUGGAUAGUAUUGUUAAUCCGAGAGCUAUAUCUCUUUUAAUCGCGAAUAAAAUAGAAAGAUCUCAAAGGAAAGUUUCACAAAAAGAAGGAAAGCUAUUAGCUCGCAUUCAUCAGUCAAGAUUUAUUGAAAUAUCUGCAAAAACUGGACAAAAUGUACAAGAAGCAUUCCAAAUUCUACUGUCAACUAUACCUCCAAAAUAUUUGAAAUCUGAAAAAGUAACAACGGAGAAUGCUGUAGAAUUUACAUUAAAAUCUCCUAGAAGGGAAAAAGAUAAGAUAAAUAAAUUCUGGAAAAGUCCAAAAAAAUUUCAAGAUACUAGCUUUCCAUUUUAA